AUGCCACAAACAAAGAAAGCUCAAGAUAUAGACAACAUCAAAGCCAUCAUAAGCAACUACAUGAAAGCCCAAUACAGACCAUAUUCGACUAAUGAUAUUUUGUUGAACUUGCACAAUCAGGUCCCGAAACAAAAAUUGAGCAAGGGGUUAGCAACCCUUGUCAAAGAGAAGGAGCUCAUUGUUAAAACGGUGGGGAAGACUAGCUACUACUGUUUCAAAAUGUUGUCACAAGAACUAGAGAGUUCGUAUACAGAGCUAUUGGAUGAAGUUCCACAGAUUGAGAAGGAGACUGCUGAGGUCGAGGUUGAAUUGAACGAACUUGCAACAGAAUUGAAAAAUCUCAAGUUAACACCUUCCAACAGCGAAAUCAGCCAGAGACUUGUUGAAGCUAAGACAGAGUUAGAAGUUUUGAGAAACCAACAGCAACAUCCUCGUAAUAAUCCCCUUAAUAUCAAGGACACAAAUUCGCACAUUUCCCAGUUGAGACGUUUUAAGUCACUUCGUGGCACGGUGCUUGAUAUCACAGAGACAAAGAGCAUAUUGAACUCUAUGGGCAUCGACGAAGCUGAAAUGAAGAGGUUUCUCCCACAAUUAGCAGAGCAAUUGCAUUACUCAGCAUCGGACUCCUCCAAAAUAGCUCUCUGGGGCACAAUUGGAACGGCACUCGCAGGGCCAAUUUCCGGUGCCGUAGUUGAUCGCAGAGGCUACACGUUGUCGCUGUUCAUUGGCGCACUUCUCAUCAUUUCGGGCUAUGGUGGCAUGAAAUGCCAAUAUGAUCAACAGCACAGCCAGAUUAAACUAUCCUGCUUUUGGUUAUUUUCAAUAGGGUUGGGGUCAACGUUUAUCAAUUCUGCAUGCCUAAAGUGCUGCGCAGUGAGUUUUCCCAGUAUCAGAGGAGUUGCAACUUCUUUACCCCUUGCAUUGUACGGGUUGAGCGCACUUUUCUAUUCUGUAAUUGCUUCGGUCUUUUACACGGGGAGAACCUCAGAGUUUUUGGGAUUUGUUGGCAUAUCUAUUGUUGCAAUUUGCUUUGUUUGCUUUCCAAGUGUUUACAUAGCGGACAAAGAGCAUAAGCUUCGAAACGCUUCUACAUUCAGAAAUAACCACUCCUUGGAGCUUCGAGAAAAAAGUGUCAAUCCUGAUUCCAAAGCCGAAUUGUUCAAGAGUUACAAAUUUUGGCUACUUUUUGCAAUUCUCGGCUCGUUGGCUUCCUUGGGCCAAAUGUACAUUUAUUCAGUGGGCUACAUCGUCAAGUCCUUGGUUGGAUUCACUAUUGCUGAACAAAACUUGGAAAUCACAACGACCGGUGACAAGAUUGAUGUGCUAAUUCAGCAACAACAACAACUACAAGUAGGAAUGAUUUCGAUUGCAAAUUGCGUUGGAAGAAUUUUGUCUGGUAUCCUAGGUGAUAUUAUCACCCAAUCCUUUUCAAUGCCGAGGUCAUGGCUUCUAUUAAUACCUUCCGUGGGCACAACUUUUUGUCAAUUGCUUACUUCAAGCACCCAACAAUACGCCAACCUUCCACUAAAUUCCUUUUCAGUAGGUCUUUUUUAUGGGUUCACAUUUUGUCUAAUACCCAUCAUAGUAGGGGAUAUUUUUGGAAUGGAAAAUUUCUCUUUUAAUUGGGGAAUAACUUGUCUCGCACCUAUAGGACCCAGCUAUUAUUUCACCAGCAUGUUUGGUAAGGAGUACGAUUUGAAAUCGAAAAAGGUAGACUCGUUAACUACGAGCGAAAGCGGCGACAUUAUCACAAGCUUGGGAUGUGUUUUGGGUAAUAAGUGUUAUAGUGACAUUCUCGGUGUAACAGCAGGUGUAGGUUGUGUGGCAACCAUUUUAGUGCUCAUUUUCAACUUUAGUGAUGUACUAUUCAGAAGAAGACGGGAGACAUUAUCUUUACUGGAAAUUCGCAAUAAGAACUUGUACAUAGAAAAACCCAACUAA